CGACAUUUACACAUGUUGAUGUGCCCAUGAAACGUGAGCCUGGACUCUAUUUGCUUAUUCCGCUCACUAUCGGAACACUGUGCACUUGCAGGGCAACCAUGACAGCCAGGCGAGCUUAAAGACGAAUUGCAGACUCAGCAGCGAACCUGUGCAAGAUGAACUCUGAGGACAAGUUGGACGGCAUGCUGUUCAAGUGCAGCAGUGCAGGGAUGGACGUCGGCGGGCGUGUGGGGCUGGGCGGUGCGGGCGGACUGGUGGUGAUGACGCUCGGGGAGCGCUCGCUGGCGGACCACCCGCUGUUGGCGGAAGACGAGGACGAAGAGGAGGACUUGACCGUAAGCUCUCUGGUGACUCACGACCUGGUACCUCCUGAGCAGCUGAUGAUGCAGGAGAUGUCCAAGACCGGCGGCGGGGGCGAGGAGGAGGGAGCAGGCGAGGUGGGCGUGCACUUCCCCCUCAAGCUCACCCAUAAGUUGCCCUGCUUGCCUCUCAACAUUAAGCAAGAAUUAAAAUUGACUGAGUCACCAGUGCAGAUAAAGAAGGACAAAAAAGCAGUCAAGGAUCUGAUCAUUUGUCCCAAGAAGAAGAAAAGGAAACAACACUCACCAGCAAAGAUCCUGAGCAUUAAUGACGACGGUUCCUUUGGCAUUCAGAACCCCAAGUGCCACGUGUGUGUUCACUGUAACGCAGCCUUCAGAACCAACUACCAUCUACAGAGGCACGUCUUCAUUCACACUGGCGAGAAACCGUUCCAGUGCAGCCAGUGUGACAUGCGCUUCAUUCAGAAGUACCUUCUCCAGAGGCACGAGAAAAUUCACACCGGCGAGAAGCCUUUCCGCUGCGACGAGUGUGGUAUGAAGUUCAUCCAGAAGUAUCACAUGGAGAGACACAAGAGGACACACAGUGGAGAGAAGCCCUACCAGUGCGACUACUGUCACCAGUACUUCUCCAGAACUGACCGUGUUUUAAAGCACAGAAGAAUGUGCCAUGAAAACCGAGACAGAAAGACCAACAAGGCGGGCAAUAAAAGUGUAGCACUACACGAAGCCGACUCUUUAAGCCCCUUCCUCACCAAAGAGUGCGUAUUGCCCAAGAAGAAGCGGCAAAAGUGUGCAGACAAGUCCGACAGUUCUGGCUCCUCCACGGCCGCCCAAGCAGAAGUGCUCAACAUGAAAGAAACUGAAAUGAAAGAGGAACACAGAAAAGCUAAAUGUGAAGUUCUGCCUCUGUUCGCGGUGUCCUCCAAAGUUAAACACGAGUACGUGAUUGGAGAGUACUCCGUGGAGCUUCCAGACGAAAGUACCAGCCAACACCAAGACGGAGACUUGUCACCGGAGGAGGCAGCAACCCCUAAACUGGUCCUGAAGAAGAUAUCUAAGAGGAGCCUGAAACAAUCCGGCGAACAAGCUCCUUGCCUGGCCACGCUGUCCUCCUUCGAGGACAACAAAGUCACACAUUAUACCUUUGAAAUUGUUGACAAGCAAGGCCUUUUAGACGAAGUCAGCAACACGGAAUCAGUUGAAACUCCGGUGAAACCGGCUACCAGCAGCACAAACUACGACGACGCCAUGCAGUUUCUCAAGAAGAAACGCUACCUUCAAGCGGCAACGGCCAACAGCAGUCGGGAUUACAGUCUGAACACGAGUACUAUCGCUUCUCAGCCGACCGUUACUCACACGGUGGUGUCGGCAGUCAUUGACGAAACAGUCCCUGCUACCAUUCUGGGACCUCAGCUGAUUAACGCCGAGAUAAAAGCGACGCAUGACAGAAAUGUGUUGCCUGACGAGGUUCUUCAGACUCUGUUGGACCACUACUCCAACAAAGCUAAUGGCCAUUCAGACAUUUCCUUUAGCGUGGCAGAUGCGGAAGUUACCUCAAGCAUAUCUAUUAAUUCCUCGGAUGUUUCGGACAGCAGUCCUGCUGAGAGCCUUGGAGCUGCCAGUGUUCAAACUCAGCCUCCGGCGGAGAAGUCCAGUCUCUUGCAAGAAUAUUCCAAAUUUCUCCAGCAGGCGCUGGAAAGGACCAGCCAGAACGACAGCUACCUGACUAGCCAGAGCCUCAGUUUAGUCACGGAAAACCCCACCUUAGCCGGACAGCCUCUGUUCUCCACCGAGAAACAAUUUCCUUCCCCCAGUAGGUUCAAAUCAGGGACAAGUUCCCCAUUACGAUCCACGAUAGAGAAACCUCACUUCGGAUUACUGGUCGGGGAUUCCCAGCACUCAUUUUCAUUUUCAGGUGAUGAGACCACUCCCCCUUCCACAGUGUCCCCUUCGGAGGAGGACUUCCUGGAACAGGUCUCGCCUUCCAAAAAGACGGACUCCUCUCAAGGGAUUCUGCAGACUUUUCAAAUAGGCACAUUCGAUCCAAACUUCAAGUCUCACUUCCAGACCUCCAGAUCUGGUUCCUCUUCACAGUUUACAGGUGCCAAUGGACAAGUAAGUCUACGCGGACACAGCACAGACUUCUCAGAGUUUCCUUUAGUCCGAGUCACUGAGACAAGGUCCCAACUGAAUUCCUCCCCGGAGGUUUCAUCGGGGGAAACCUUUGAUUGAGGAGAAGACUCUGGGUUUUGUUCAUUCUUCAUUUCUGCAGCACUUUAUCCCAUUUCACCUGUUUUGCCAAAACACAUCCCGUGGAAUUCAGAUAGUUUAAGUACGUUGGGAGAAAAAUGGCUCUUCUUGAACUAGUACAUUGAAAAAUUGGCAGCCCCCCUUUUAAAAAAUGUUUUCAUUUGCAUCGAGAGAUUAACCGACCAAAGCGUAAUUUUCAUGCCAUAUUGCACAGGUGUCAAACUCCAGACCCGAUGAAAUUGCAUACCUUUUUAAACUUUAAUAGUAAAUAUUACAGUAUAUCAUAAUACCUUCCAAACAUUCUUUUUUUGUCUAAACAAAAUCAAAUACUGAAAUAUUUGUUUGACUUAUGAUUUCAGAGCAAGUUAUUCAUCAAAUUGUUCACUUUGAAAAUGACAAUAGAUUCCACAGUAAAAUGUACAGUGUUUUUUUUACAGCGUAUUAAUGAAAAUUGAAAAAACUCCUACGGGUUUUUUACGGUACAAUUCCGUCAACUGAGCUACCGGGGGUUUUUUUUAACCAUAAAAUGUACGGUUGUUGUUUUUACGGUGUAUUACUGUAAAUGGAAAAACGGUACCACGUUUUUUUUUUCCAGUUGCUAGAAUUAAAUAAAAAACUGGUACUGUUUUUCCAUUUAAAGUUAAAGUUAAAGUACCAAUGAUUGUCACACACACACACGAGGUGUGGCGAAAUUAUUCUCUGUAUUUGACCCAUCACCCUUGAUCACCCCCUGGGAGGUGAGGGGAGCAGUGAGCAGCAGCGGUGGCCGCGCCCGGGAAUCAUUUUUGGUGAUUUAACCCCCAAUUCCAACCCUUGAUGCUGAGUGCCAAGCAGGGAGGUAAUGGGUCCCAUUUUUAUAGUCUUUGGUAUGACUCGGCCGGGGUUUGAUCUCACGAUCCUACCGAUCUCAGGGCGGACACUCUAACCAUUAGACCACUGAGUAGGUAUUACAUUACAUUUCCGGUAACAUGUAAAUUUUACAGUAAAAUUCUGGCAACUAAGCUAGUUUUUUCCUGUAAAAAAACCCACAACACUGGUGCUGUUUAUCUAUUUACUGUAGUCCGUUUAAAAAAAAAACACUGUAUAGUAAAUUUCUGGUGGCUGAGUUGCCAGUUUUUUACUGUGAAAUCUACAUUUUUUUUUACAGUGUACGUAAAAAAUACAUAUAAUAAUCAAAUACAAAGGCAAAUUCAUACACAGUAGGAAAGGGAUUCACAUGGCCCCAUUCCUGGGUGGAUCUCGCGCAAAAGGAAGAGGGGAGGGUUAGUCAUUGUGCAAUGCAGUUUGCUGAAAAUGAUGGAAAGCGCCACGCUACAUUGCAACUGACGCUGUGGGCAAAGUUGGAAUUGCCACCAAACACAUUUUAAAGACAUUUAACACUACUACCAUCUGGCGGCUAAAGUGGAUAGUGUACACCCCCAAUUUGUCACAUUUCACGUGUCAGGUAAACCGCGAUGAACGGGGCCAUAUGGGUUCCUUCCUACUGUGUUAUACACCCCUGCCAUAUUUAUUUAUGUCCAUCCAUUCUGCUUCCUCUCACAUACAAACUACUUUUUUGCUGCUAGCUACCCCCCCUUGGUUUGAAGAAACAAUGAAGUGCAAAAAUUCAACUCUGAAAUAUUUCAAUUCUAGUUUUUUACAAACCCCGUUUCAAUAUGAGUUGGGAAAUUGUGUUAGAUGUAAAUAUAAACGGAAUACAAUGAUUUGCA